ACUUCACGCGCCCUCUUUCUUUUUCUCUCUCCAUUUUUGGAGGUUGCUCUCGUUCAUUCUCGACACUACCUCACUCUGACACCCUUCACGGCGAAAAUCGCCACCGCUGAAUCAAUCUUUCUCCGCCUAGGGUUAGGGUUUCCCCUAAUCCCCCGACGCACAAGCACCUUUCGCCGUCGCGCUUCCGAUUCUGCAGAGAGAGGACCACCACGAUGGGCGCAAAUUCGUUGCCAUCUGACUCCACUCAUGAUCUCGACGAGCAGAUCUCGCAGCUCAUGCAGUGCAAGCCACUUUCUGAGCAACAGGUUAGAGUUUUAUGUGAGAAGGCUAAGGAGAUUUUAAUGGAUGAAAGUAAUGUGCAGCCUGUGAAAAGCCCCGUGACAAUUUGUGGUGAUAUUCAUGGGCAGUUUCAUGAUCUUGCUGAACUAUUUCGGAUUGGAGGGAAGUGUCCAGAUACUAAUUACUUGUUUAUGGGUGAUUACGUGGACCGAGGAUAUUAUUCAGUUGAGACUGUAACGCUGCUUGUGGCACUGAAAGUGCGGUAUCCUCAACGAAUAACCAUUCUUAGAGGAAACCAUGAAAGCCGUCAGAUCACACAAGUAUAUGGAUUUUACGAUGAGUGCCUAAGAAAGUAUGGUAGUGCUAAUGUCUGGAAGAUCUUUACAGACCUUUUUGAUUUUUUUCCUCUGACCGCAUUGGUGGAGUCUGAAAUUUUCUGUCUGCAUGGUGGACUUUCACCUUCAAUUGAGACCCUUGAUAACAUAAGGAGCUUUGAUCGUGUUCAAGAGGUUCCUCAUGAAGGGGCCAUGUGUGAUCUUCUGUGGUCUGAUCCAGAUGACAGAUGUGGCUGGGGAAUUUCUCCACGGGGUGCUGGAUAUACUUUUGGCCAGGAUAUAUCUGAACAAUUUAAUCACACAAACAGUCUGAAGCUGAUUGCUAGAGCUCAUCAGCUGGUUAUGGAUGGAUUUAACUGGGCUCAUGAACAAAAGGUGGUUACGAUUUUCAGUGCACCCAACUACUGUUACCGAUGUGGGAACAUGGCUUCCAUAUUGGAGGUUGAUGAUUGCAAGGGCCACACAUUUAUCCAGUUCGAACCUGCUCCAAGGAGAGGAGAACCUGAUGUUACCCGUAGAACUCCCGAUUACUUCCUAUAAUCUAGCUGCUUACUGCCAUACUGGUAUCGUGGUUAUCUAUUACUUGUGCACUAAUUUCAGAUAGAUGUGCAUUCUCCUUGGUGAGAUUGCUGUAAGCAUUUAAAUCCAUGGAGGUAUACACGUCCCAUGCUUUUUGUGAUUGUCCAAAAAGACUGCUUUGAUGUAUAAUAGGGCAGGUAAACAUUCCACUGAUCUGUGCUCAAGAACUUGCUGGACACACACCCCGUUUGGAGAAGUCGCCAAGAUGUGAUGACUAUAUCAGAAUAUGUAUUUUUCCAGCAAAAUGUUGAUAUUUUUUGUUUUUCUUUUCUGUCUUUAUUUCUUCGUAUGUUUUAUACCUCCCAUUUCAUGCUUUAGAAGCUAUGAAUGGAUUUUAUCUCAUGGAUGCUUUUGCUGUGUUUUAUUAAUUCUGACUAUAUAAUUUGCAUGAUAAUAGUUAUUGCUGCUUA